AUGCAUCCCAAUAAACAUGGAGGGCCCUCAAACGGGCUGUUUGCUCAAACGGGGACUAACAAUAACAAUCCUGCCAUCAACCGCACUCGCCCCUUCACACUGCAGGAAGCUUUGCCCUACUCACCGCAGACCUCGACGGUUCCUUUCAUUCCUGAUAUAAUCCCCGACCCCGUCCUAGGUUCUGGUUGCCCUGCACUUCCGUUGAACGAUUUGUUCCAAGCGCACGAAUUCAACAGCUUGAACAGAGAAGCCGCCGCUCACCCCCAGAUGCCGCGCAACGUCAAGCAAGCCGUCGAACAUGUCCUCCAGGAUAUAAAACCCAGCCAGCGAACGCAUUACAAGUUUACACCCAUCUCGAGAACCAUCGCAUCUCAGCCUCCUGGAAAGAGCCUAAUGGAAGGCCUAUCGCCAGUCACAAGAAGUGUUUUUGAUAAAGUGGGAAGCUAUUUCAAGACAACGAAGCCUGGUGCUUCUGAGGGGAAACAGCUGAACGGCCAAGCUGGAGGCCACUCGACCCCUAAACAACGCUCGUCCUCGGUCAAUUCUCCGAACCCUCCGCAGCCGCACGCCCUACCGGUCCAUAACUCUCAGGCAUACAAGUCGAAUUCGGUCAGGAUCGAAGUUGUUGUACCGUCUAAGAGGCAAUUUGACCCAUCCACCUAUGUUGAUGUGGAUUCUUCAGUUGUUGCCGCGCAGCAAGUGCACCAGCAACCCCAGCAGCAACAUACCCAGCCGUUAUCCCAGCUUCCAACCCCUUUCGCCCAGUCUUCUGCGCAGGACCACAUGGAAAUAAACCAAAAUGGCACGUUUCGAAUCGAACUUCCUCGUGCGAAUAUCAAUCGCGAAGAAUAUAUCGAAGUCAAAGAAAGGUCCGAGGAUUUGCAUCAUCUCUCCGUUCGAAAGCAGAGUCAGCAAGCGUACUCCGACAGCCAAGAUCUCAUUGGAGAAAGCCUCGACCAACGCCAACGGAGUGAGGCAGCCCUCCAUGCGCUUGAAAAACUCAUGCGCACAGUCUUUAGCUCAGUAGGACGAGCGCUGGGGGACGAGCAAGGGUAUGAAGAAGUCGUUUCCAUGACACCAGAUCAAGAGGUUGCUAUGACCGCCUCUUCGCAACAGAAAAUGCAUGGCGCAAUUCAAAAGGCGAUUACCCUGAAAUGUUUCGACCAAGUCCCUGUGGAACACCUGGUUCAGAUAAUGAAGCUGAGUGAUGCAAGCUUAAAACAGGUCGAAAAUUUGGAGCUACGAGUUGACGAGACUUGGAAUGAGGAGGCGGUUGACGCGUGGGUACAGCAGCUUUCCGAGGUGGAGACGAUGCUGAAGUCGGCUCGUACAUGUCUUCGUAUCCUCUCCGGUGGCCGAGAGGACAAGCAGCUCUACUCCGAAACCAUCAUCCAGAAGAGUGUAGACAUCUUCAGAAAGGUCACCGAGGACAUUGUCAUGCCUCUUGUGGAACUUCGGCCUUCCGGACCCGCGUCAGGCGUUUUCAAGACUCUCUCAAAAAGUAAGAAACCUAUCACGUCAGUGUUUCUUUGCUGCCAGAAGUUGUUUGCGUUGCUGGCAGAGCUUGUCACCAAGAUCGAGCUAUCGGAGACUGUGAUCAAUUCGCUCGAAUACACUGCAUCUCGGCUAAUCUUCAUGGAAAAUGCCUACUUCGAAAAGGACUCUGUCGUUGGAGUUCAAAAGUUCGAUGGGCUCCGUUCUGUCGCAAUGGAUAUGCUGUCCCAAAUAUUCCUAAUCAAGCCCGAGCAGCGCCAAGGUAUUUUCGAUGAAAUUCUCACUUCACUUGAAAAGCUGCCUGUUGGCAAGCAAAGUGCUCGCCAAUUCAAACUCUCUGAUGGAGGAAGUAUCCAGCCUGUUUCUGCUCUGAUCAUGAGACUGGUUCAAGCCAGCUCCGGGCGAGUGGACGACAACAAGAACCGCGAUCGCCAUAAGCUACUGCGAAACAUCGAUGGCGAACAAGGAGGUUCGGAUGAUGACGACAGCGCACCUUCAGGCGUUAAACAGUUUGUUUCCUCUAUUAAGAGUGAGGUCCAGGGUGCCAAACAACAUAGUGUUGCUAUUAGGGAUCUCGAAAUUUCCGUCGCUCCCCUCACCGAUGCCGCGCAGCGCAAUGCAUCAUACGUGAUAAGUUUUAUCGUCAAGCGUGCCGUUGGUUCCACAAAAUCCGGCGAUACUCCUUACCGAAAUUUGCUUGAUCUCUUCGUCGAGGAUUUUACAACUUGCCUUGAUUCACCGGAUUGGCCGUCUGCCGAGCUUCUCCUUCGCCUGUUGAUGGUAUUGAUGGUGCAACUUUUCGAAGCCCCGAAGACUGCUGCUCCGGCGAAGAACAUGGCCCUGGAGCUGCUGGGUGGCUUGAGUGCUGCCAUUUCGCGUCUACGUUCACAUGUUCAAAGACUUACAAACUCAUCAGAAGGCAAUGAAGCUGAUGAUUUGUCACAAUACCUCGCCGACCUGGCCAAUCAAGCACUGGACCACAAGACCCGCGUGGAACAGCUUGUAGCUUGGGCUGGGCCUUACAGGCUCGUCUUGGAAUAUGUGCAAAACAGAAGUAACGAAGAUCCACACUUGUCAAGUGCCAUCUCGUUUCUGGUUGCAGGCUGGGCAUCUCAGGUACACACUGGCUACGAUUCUUAUAACGACGAGGAUGAGGAUCGAGACGAGGAAUUGGGACGUAUGGCUUAUCGUGUGAGGAUGAUGGUUGAAGACCGCAGGUGGCUUGUUAACGAGUACACCUUUAAAAGUGUCUCACCGAACCAGGCCAAACUCUCUUACUCGAUCAUCUUGUUGCGUUCACCUUUAUGUGAAGCCUUCAGCAAGAUCCUGAAUAUCCUGCUUGGUUCCAUGGCCAGUGACCAAGCCACAGUCAGGAGCAGGAGCCUCAAGAGUGUUAACCAGGUUUUAGAGACCGAUCCCUCGAUCUUGGAUGGCGACUCGACUGUCAUUGACCUGAUCUUAGAAUGCGCAGGCGACCCUUCUAUUCAAGUGCGAGACUCGGCGCUCGGUCUCUUAGGCAACUGCAUGGCGAUGCGCCCUCGCCUCGAAUCCUCCUUAACACCAAUGAUCGUCAAUCGAUUCCAGGACAAUGGUCUUGGUGUAAGGAAGCGUGCAAUGAAACUCACUCGCGAUAUUUAUCUCCGCAACCCCAGUAAGACACUGCGCAGCAUGAUAGCGAACGGAUUGUUGCGCCGAGUGCAGGAUCCUGACGAUACCGUUCGCGAUCUAGCCCGCCAGAUGAUUGAGGAGGUUUGGUUUGCACCAUUUUACCAAGGCGAGGGGACCGCUGUAUACCAGACAUCACUCAACGAACACGUGUCACUUGUUAUACAGACUGUCAAAUCUGGAACGGUUACCGAAAUGCUCGACAAGGUGUUCCGAUCCAUUCUCAAGCCCAAAGACAAGUCUUUGAGUGGGCCCUUUACGGUCUGCACUAAGCUCGUCGCCAACAUGUUUGGAUUGAUAGACAACCUUGACCCCGAAGACCCUACUGUUCCGUCUGGGCGCGAUGCGCUGCAAGUGCUUACAAUCUUUGCAAACGCGGAGCCUAAACUGUUCAACUUUGAACAGAUUCGGCUUUUGCUGCCGCAUUUGGCAAACUUCUCGAAGCCCGAGGAACUGGCCGCCUUUCGGCAUGUGACUAUUGUCUAUCGUCGGGUCUUGCCUACUUUGACCAGUGUUCAUACUGAGUUCCUGUCAGAAGUACGCGCGUACCUACUGAAAGCUCUUUCCAAGGUCAGCCAGCGAAACCCCCUGGAUGAUUUGGUAGCUUGCACUCAGGUGGUAUGCGGACUGCUCAACGUCUACACUCCACUAAUUGGUGGCCUGCUAUCCAGCCUGUUGAAAAUCGAACAGAUACAGGCAAGACCCAUUGACCAAAAUUCGAUCACAUUGACCUAUGGAUACAGCCUGCUGAUUGGUAUGAUUGCAAAACAUUGCAAAUUGGACGAGUGGACAAAUACCUUCAGAGCCAAAUUUCCCAAAUGGAAGGGAGACUCGGUACCUUUGUUAGCCAUUGAGAAACUGGUACCCCUUGCGGCACCCUCCAAGCCACUCGAGAUCCGCAAGUCAGCACUCGAUGCUCUUGGAUUGAUUUGCCAAGCUUGGCCACGCAAUUAUGUUGUUCCUAAACUAUACACACUCUUUGAUCAAGUUUUCAAAGAGCAGACACCUGGCCUCGAGAUGUUGAUAUUGCGGUCAUUUCGAGAGUUUCUGCUUACUGAAGAGAAACGGUCCGAAACAGGAGCGGAAGGAUCAGCCACUGGCAAGAAGCGAGAGCUGACAGUUAUGGGUGGGACUAACUUUGACGAUGUCGCCAGUGCUACCUCUCAGAGAUUCUUGAAGUACAUAUCCCGCAUUGCACUUUCAGGCCAAGGCGACCAUGCUUUCCUCGCCACAGAGGUUCUGGGCAGCAUCAACCGACAAGGUUUAACCCACCCCAAAGAGACCUGUGUCACCUUGAUGACCCUUGAAACAUCGACAAAUCGACGAAUUUCGGAAUUGGCCUUCUCUGAGCAUCGCUAUCUACAUGAGAAGCACGAGACUGUCCUUGAGCGAGAAUAUGCCAAGGCAGUACAAUCAGCUUUCGCAUACCAGCGGGAUAUUGUGGAAGAUACCCGCGGCGCGACGACAAACCCCUUCCAGUCCAAACUGCACUUGCUGAUGGAGGUACUCAAGAUCAGUAAGAUGAAGAAUCGCCAGCGCUUCUUGGACAAGCUCUGCGGCCAGCUGGAUUUCGACCUCGCCAAAUUAGAUACAGCUGAAGAGGUCCCGUCUCACAUGGCCUUUGCACGCUUCAUCACUGAGAAUUUAGCCUUCUUUGAGUACCAAUCAGUUGGAGAAUUGCAAACAACAGUCAAUGCAAUCGAAAAGAUGGUGACCAGUACCGGUGCCUCACUGGCGCAGGCUAUUGAGUCCGAGAUCUUCAAUGUCCGUGUUGACACACUGCAAUCGUCGGCACCCGAGGCCCCGGCGCCAGCACCUGGAGUUUCUGCCAACCUAACUCCUGGAGUACUACCCAUGGAAGUAGACCCCAAGUCAGCGUUGGCGAUGGCAUCCGAAGUUGAACCAGGCCGGCUUCGUCAAUUGGCGACUGCGUCGAUUAUCCUUCUGUCAAUGUGGGAAACUCGAACACAUCUGCGUCGACUGUAUGGUAUGGGCAACAGCAGGCAUGACAGCAAAGCCAAGGCCUUGGCCAAGGACCUGAACAGGAUACCAGUCAAAGUCCAAGGUGUUCACGGCGACAAGGUCUGGGACGAAAUCGAAGCACAUAUGGCCGGACUUCAGAACCAAGAACGGAUGAUUCAGAAAUGCACCGCCCUCGUAGAACUCCUUAAUGUCGACAAGGAAUUCAAAAUCGCAGACGACGGCGACCAAAUGGAUAUGGACCCCUCGACUCCAAGUGGAGACGAAGAUGAAGACGGUGAUAGUAUGCUUGAUCGAGGACGCAAAAGAAAAGGAGCAAAUACACCGGGCGGACGAAAGAAGCGGGCGAGGUCCGACUCACAGCCGCGAAAAAGAGGGCGACCCAGGAAGAACCCCUUGCCUGAGUCAGAUGUUGGCGCAGAUCUUGAUGAGAGCUGGAUUUGA